UCCCCCGGCCUCGCUUCUCUGCACCAAACCCGGAGGAUUUUUCUCCCCGACGGCAGAAGGAGCCCAGCAGGAGCGGGGGGCGCUGCCAGCCAUGCCCCGCAGCACUGGGAGCACUGGGAGCACUGGGAGCUAAGGAUGGUGCCCAGCUUACGUCCCGCCCUCCUCCUCCUCCUGCAGGCACUUCUCCUGUGGGACAGCCCAGUUGCAGCCUCCAUCCAAGAGCAGUACUGCGAGAGCCUGGCACCGGCCACCAACCACACGGGUCCCCAGUGCAACGCCUCGGUGGACCUGAUCGGCACGUGCUGGCCCCGCAGCGCGGUGGGGCAGCUGGUGGCACGACCCUGCCCCGAGUACUUCUACGGCGUGCGGUACAACACCACCAACAAUGGCUACAGGGAGUGCCUCACCAACGGGAGCUGGGCAGCACGGGUCAACUAUUCCCAGUGCCAGGAGAUCCUCAGUGAAGAGAAGAAGAGCAAGCUGCAUUACCACAUCGCAGUCAUCAUCAACUACCUGGGGCACUGUGUCUCUCUGGGGGCUCUCCUGGUGGCCUUUGUGCUCUUCAUGCGCCUGCGGAGCAUCCGGUGCCUGAGGAACAUCAUCCACUGGAACCUGAUCACAGCCUUCAUCCUACGCAACGCCACGUGGUUCGUGGUGCAGCUCACCAUGAACCCUGAGGUGCACGAGAGCAACGUGGUCUGGUGCCGCUUGGUCACUGCCGCCUACAACUACUUCCACGUCACCAACUUCUUCUGGAUGUUUGGGGAGGGCUGCUACCUGCACACGGCCAUCGUGCUCACCUACUCCACCGACAAGCUCCGCAAGUGGAUGUUCAUCUGCAUUGGCUGGUGUAUCCCCUUCCCCAUCAUCGUCGCCUGGGCCAUCGGGAAGCUCUACUAUGACAACGAGAAGUGCUGGUUUGGGAAGCGAGCAGGAGUUUACACUGACUACAUCUACCAAGGUCCCAUGAUCCUGGUGCUGCUGAUCAACUUCAUCUUUCUGUUCAACAUCGUCCGAAUCCUCAUGACAAAGCUCCGAGCUUCAACCACAUCAGAGACCAUCCAGUACAGGAAAGCAGUCAAGGCCACGUUGGUGCUGCUGCCCUUGCUGGGAAUCACCUACAUGCUGUUCUUUGUCAACCCAGGGGAGGAUGAGAUCUCCAGGAUUGUCUUCAUCUAUUUCAACUCCUUUCUGGAGUCCUUCCAGGGCUUCUUUGUCUCUGUCUUCUACUGCUUCCUGAACAGUGAGGUCAGGUCAGCCGUGAGGAAGCGCUGGCACCGCUGGCAGGACAAACACUCCAUCCGCGCCCGGGUGGCUCGGGCCAUGUCCAUCCCCACCUCUCCCACCCGGGUCAGCUUCCACAGCAUCAAGCAGUCCACAGCUGUCUGAGCUGGCAGCCAACUGCCCCGGGGGCAGGAGGAGCUGGUGUCCCCCCCUGCCUGGGAGCCCCGAGGUGGCACAGCCCAGGAGCCGGGUCCUGCCUGCGCCCGCCGGGCUGGCAGAGGCCGCGCAAACUCACUGCACCCGUGGGAGACCCUGCAGAAGGUCCUGUCCCACUUGCUGGGGCAGAGCCGUAGGACAGGACAGCUGAGAUGCUGCUUUGUCACCUCCCUGGCAGUGGUGUGACCUGCUGGGGUGGCAGGAGGAGCCAGAGGAGCCCGGGGAGGUGGCAGCAGCCUCCCUGCCCACCUCCGUCCUGGGCACGGUGCCCCGUGUCCCACGGCUGCCUCGUUUGUCACUGCAUUGAGGUGACAGGACAGCAGGACGUGGCUGGGACACCUCGUGGGGCUAAUCCCUUGGGAAGAUGGGUCAGCUUCCCAGUGUGUGCUUGCUGGGAUGCUGCUGGGAGUGGGGGGGGAACCCUC